CAAACUUUCAGCUCCACCCUCUCUGCCACACUGAAUCUCACAAUCUUAUGGUUGGUUUGCCCACCUUGCCACAUUGCAUGGCACAGUAUUAAGGUCAUUAACCAGAUUUGCUGCUCCAAGCGCACCAUUCUGCAUCGCACACUCUUAGGGUAAAUUAGCAAACACUGCCCCCUGUGCCCCCCUGUGCCCCCCUGUGCCCCACUGCAUUGCACUAUCGUUUUGUCCCCGACUCUGCUGCAGCCACUGUGCCACAUGGCAGCCUUGUGGUUAUUUGUGCUACACCCACCCUGCCCGGGUAGCCCUACAGAUAUUCCCUAAAACACUCCGAAACGAUGCUGCAGAAAACAAAAAGACAAAUUCCUAUAUUCCCUAAUACAUGAUAACAGAAAGCCUCAAAUAUUCGAUUGGAAUGUAAUUCAUAACAUGCAAUCAUUUUCCUAAAACAGAGUUACUAAUAGUACAUAGGGUCCCUUGUGGUUUUGCUGCUAGACAGGGAGAGGAGACACGUAGAGCAGCGAUGCUUGUGUGUGGGAAUAAAUAACUGGCCUUUUAUUAUGGUGGGAAUGAAAGCAGCGAUCGGCCAGUGCCCAGACAUUUCUCAUUUGUUCAGUCUGUCACACAGGGACUAGAAGGGGUUUUGGUGCAAAUUCAUUAUCUGUGCCAAUAGUGGGAGCUGAAAGGGACCGUGGCAAUGGGCGGACAAUGGGGCUUCAGUUCAUCAGUAACAAAAGAAUUAGGAGAAAUUGUUGGAUUUCUAAGCACGUCCUCCUCAGCAGAGAGGGCUGGUCUCGUCCUUGGCCAGCCCCCCAAAAAACUUGCAGACCCCUUCAGUGGAGCACUUCACUCUCUACUCAAGGCUUAUUAAUCCUCUCUCUCAUGGGAUUUUUGUCUUUUAUUUUUUUCCCCAUACAUUUCUGGAAAUGAUUUGCAGUAUUUUCAGUGAAAUUUGAAAAUGGACCAAACAAGAAAUAUCCGCCAGGAUUAUGUAUUGCUUUGAGCUGUGGGCAGAGUAAGGGCACAACUUGUCAGUCACUCCUUACUGGGCAUGGGUAUCGCUGUGGCUCCUAUUUGGCGCAAGUAAAAUCAGGAAGGUAUUACUGAGCAGUCCCAUUGCGCAUGCGUGGAUGUGAAUGUUGCUGGCCUUCCGGAUCGCACAUAGCAGACCGGUGGCAGCAGCAGCAGCAAGCCAGAGAGACGGCAUCUCCCCCAUCUCCACCCCCCUCCAUACGAGUCCUGCGAGGAGCUACCCCCAAACACACGCACAGGAGAUGUUUGCCAUCAAGCUGCCACCGUUUGGGCACAAGCAGGGGGGAAAAUAAAGCCCUGCCAUGCAUAAUACGAGAGGAUCAGGAUCAGACCAUUGAAUCAUCUUGUCACUUUGGACUGGAAUGGGAUUUCUUCAUGUGGCUGGCUGAGCUGCUCAAGCAGAGAAGCCUUUACAUCUUCCUAAUGCUGGAGGAGUCUUGGGUGAGAAUGAAGCAAUUUACAAUGCAAAUAGAGGCCUGGGAAGAGAUGGAGGCUGCUCCGUGCAUCUUGGGAGCUGUUUGUGUUUUCUCAUCUCUGGCACAACAAUUUGGUGAUGAUGAUGAUGAUGAUGAUUACUGCUCUCGGAAUAACUCGCCAGGAGGAAAGUUGGGGAUAAACUUUAAAGGCAACAGAUCUGAUUGGAUGCUUAUUAUGUUGAUAACUCACGGGCAGAAAUGCCAUCGGAAAGUGGAAUCAGGGGCACAGGACACCGGGCUGUGUGUUGCUGGGGAUGUUCCAUCAGGAUCCGUGUGUGGGAAGUGGUUGUUAUCUUUGGUUAUCUAGCUGUAUGAGUGUAUUGGUUUUCAUAAAGCUAGAUAACCGAAAGUAAAAACUCCUUCCAGAUCAUCACAUGGCAGAUAAGGAAUAUAUCGCCAACUGACUGUGCCGAGCAAAUGAAUGCAUAUAUCUAGACUGCUAAUUCUCAUGCUGAAGGGAUUGUAUUGCCUUGCAUUUAAACACAUGCAACUGAGCUCGGAUUUGAAUCAUGCUGCUGGGUUUGUUACCAAAGCCAUCAAAUCCUCCAUGGAAAAUGGUGCUGAUGGUAAUGUAUCUGCAAGUUUUGAUGUUCGGCAUAAAAUGUCUUAACACUGUAUUUUAUUCCUACUAGCAUUAUAAUGAAAUGACCCUAUAUACAUAUAGGAGACAAGACUGCACUCAGGACUGAUUCUACAAUUUUUUUGUAAGAGUAAAAAGGUUAUCGAAGACCUUCAGGUUUGCCGAAGAAGGUCUCAGCUGGCGGUCGAAACGUUAAGCUAAUUUGUCAGAAAAGAAAAUGCUCUCUACUUUAUUAAAUCCCAUGAGUACAGUCUGUUUCCUCAAGUGUAUUUCUUUGUUUUUAGGUUGUUUAUCAGGGUGUUUAUCUAUCGACAUGUGUACAGCAACAUGCACACUCCUAUGUCAUAUGCCUAGCCUAAAACCCAGACUACAAUUCCCAGCAUCCCCCUAUAUACGAAAUUAUAAUUCAGCAUCUGAGCAACUGCAGAUUGCACACCGCUGGCCUCCAUGUUUUUAAAAUAUAUUAUAUAUUUGUAAAUAUAAAUUCUAGACAGAUAAAAGGCUUAAUAAAACUUUGUACGUUCUUUCCAAUUUGGACCACCAGUUUAUUCCUAAAGGGAUAUAGCUGACACGGGAAAUGGCAUGGCUGCACAGGAUUUAUUUUUACUUCAUGUAAGCACUGGCAAUGCAAAGGACAGAUGCUUCCCUUUCCUGGGAGGGUUUCCCUGAGGAUGCCAGUGAAGCAGAAAGACACGAUGGAGACGAGAUCGUCUUCUCACCCUUCUUGUCAAACUCUUAUAAUGUUGUGUCUUUCUUUGCCUCCAGCUCUGGAAAUGAAAGUGACAUUUCCAGGCAAAACCCACGUGUGCUGCUCCUCAGCCUUCCUCCUCCUCCUCCUCCUCCUCCUCUGCCUUCUUCCUCUGCUGCUCUUUCAGGUUGAUCAGAUCUAGCCAGGAAACAGCCCUGGCAUCCCAAACUCAAAUAAUUAGGACGUAGAUAGAAGUGACAAAAAUGGAAAAGGAGGAGGAGACAGGGGGAUGGGGAGCCUGUCCUGCCUAAUUGAUUCGGUUAAACGAAAUGCUGGAGAUGUGAACGGCUGGACGCUCCUAUUCCCACGCUCAGGGGCAAGUGGCAGUGCCAUGAGCCGGCAGCCUGUGACAGACAGCCUUUUUUUUUGGGGGGGGGGGGGAUGGGGGACAUCAAGUGCAACCACAUCACACUGAUCUCCAAUGCUUUAGAAAGUGCAGGCAUUUCCCACCCACAGCCAUCUGCAGGCUCCCCAACGUGAGCACCAACUGUUCAGCAGCAGCACACUGCCUGUUUUUGUUCCUCUAAUAACCACACACUUGUUUAUGCACUGACUUAUUUUUUUUUUUUUCUUUAUCGAAAUUAUUGUCUGGGAUUCAAAGCUGGGAUUAGCCUAAAGCAGUGCCCCAGUGUUUGAGGUUAGAGUAGAGACCUGCAGGAUUGAGAUGUAAGGGUUAUUAUCAGAUUUUUAUUUAAUCUAAUGUUAAUGCAUAGCUUACUGGAGAGGUUUAUUUUCUAUAGGGAGUGGGCUUAAUUUCAGCAAGUGAAAUAAAUGGGCAAUGAAAAUCAUCCUUAUUUCCAAGGGGUUCCCACAAAGGGAGGUGUUAUACACACAUAUUUUAUUUUAAUAAAUAGUAAAUUUUACCUCUCAUUUGAGCUGGCUAAUUAGCAGCUGUUUGAUGAUGAAUUAAUGACUAGCUGGCUUUGUAGUUACCUUCACAAGGCACGACUUUGCUAUGUAAGUCUGUGCAGCUCAGACCUCUGUUAAACUGGAGGUCUUUUAGGGCAAAGUAUUAGUAAGCCUAAAAUAUUCAAUUUCCCCCUUUCUGUGACAUGUAGCCCUGCUUUAAAUUCAGCCCAGAUACAAAGAGAAAGGGAGAGAUAAAAUGCACUCUAGUCUGUCCUACACCUGUAUUUUCAAAUUGUUUACCAUGUGUGCCUGAAUUUGCUUUUUGUACCUGGAUUGUUCCAUAGGUGAACCUAAAAUGUGUAGCACAAUAUUAAUAAAUUUUGGAAGAAAUAAUAAAUGAAAAUUGAGAAAUGUAA